CAAAUUCAUAUAGAAAGAAAAACAGAUUUCUAAUUUAAUUAAAUAUCAAUGAAUUAUUUCAUCAAAAUUAAAAGUAAAAUUAAAGCCUACUACGAAGAAAAUAUUUUUUCAGUUAUAAAUCAAUAUGCAAGGCCAGUUUUAUUAGGGAAAACUCUACUUUUCAUUAGAUUUGUUUUCCAUAUUUAGUUGAUGUUUUCUCAAGAAGUUAUGAAUGAAUUAGAUAAGAAAGACAUAAAUCUCAAUUAAACUGGCAGAUAUUCAAUACUUUAUGAUGUUUCUUAUUCUAAGUCUCUUAUGUAUAUUGGAAUAAUAAUCACAGGAUUAGCUUUGAUAGCAUUAAUGAGUGAUUUUAUUUUUUGCUAGUACAAAUAGUCUGAGUCAUACCCAAAUGUCUUUAGAAUAUAUUUAGGAUUCUUUUGUUCAAUAUUUAACUAUGCCCUUUACAUCCCACUCUUUUACUUUUCAGUCGAUUAGGUACAUUAAAGUAAUCUAGUCGGUCUUUAUCUUAUUUUUGCCACUCUUUUAAUAGGCAUUUUUAUCAGUAUUCAUGACUUAGAUUACAGCAUAAUAUCAUACGAUAGCUUAGCUAAUCGAGAAUCAACUAAAAUUUCUUUAUUUUCUAUUGUUGUAGAAUCAUGUGCAUGCAUAGCUUUGAGAUAAAUAGAUAACCCUAAACUUAUGCUUUUAUUUUCUAUAUUGCUUUCUACUUUGAAGGUAUUAACAUCUAUUUCAAUAAGUGGUUAUGAAAAUAGAAACAUAAGAUAUUUUAAUUAGAUUUUAUCAAUUUACCAUUUCAUAAUAAGUUUAUUUGUCUAUAUAUCCUUGCUUUAAAAUUCUUAUUUCCCAAUCACUUUAGUUGCAGUUAUUAUAAUACCAAUAUCAAUUAAAAUCACAAAUUUAAUUGAUAACUAUCAGCAUAAUUUAUAUAACUUUACUUUGGAAAAGCAAUAAAUAAUUGCUCAUCCAACUAAUCUAGAUUUUUAUUUAAGAGUUAUGAUGAAAGUUAUCAAAUUAGAAUACAAAGAUUACAUUGACAAUAAAUAAUCCAUAGUUUUAGAAUAUAUUACAUCAGAUCAUUGCACCUUUUGCGAAGACUCCCCAGAUUGUUUUUGUAACACAGAGCCUUAAGACAUAAGACAAUUUCAAGAUAUGACACUAGAAAAGUAACUCAGAUAAAAAUUUAUGAAUAGAUAUGUCAGAUAAAUGUAUUAUAAAUGUAUAUACGAGGAAAUAAUUAAGAAUAAAACGAUAACUAAUCAUAUUGUUUUUUCAUACUUAAACUUUUUAAUUGAAAUGUCUUAAAGUAAAGUGCUUUGCUUUAGCGAAAUCAUCAAACUAAAAAAACUUAUGAGUUUAUCUUAAAGAGAGAUUGCUUUAUUUAAUUACAUUUUCCAGAAAGCUAUAAAUAAAUUUAAAUAAAUAGACAUCUCUUGUACUUUAAUAAAUAAAAAAAAAUAAAAUUAAAAAGAUGUUUGGAAAUACUUUGAGGAUUAAAAACUUAAUGAAGAAGAUAUUUAAUAAAGCAGAGCUUCUUUUGAUGAAAAGAUUAGUGUAACAAACUUUAUUGUAGGUAUCAAUUUUGAUGAGUUAGUAAAUUAAGCAGAAGAGCAGUAUUAUACUACUAUUCAAGAAAAGCAAUCUUUACUGUUGCUGCUCUUUUAAGAUCAUAUAGAUUUACAUGAAUUAAAGAUAAAAGCUUAAAACCUAAUGAGGUUGAGAGAAUCCCUAUUUCAUUAGCUUUUAGUCUUGAACGAAAUCAAUCAAAACAGCUAAAAGCUCCAAUUUUACUUUGAAAAUUUUAUAAAUAACUUAGGAUUUGGAUAAAAGAAAAAAUAAAUCUUUAAAAAAAAGAAAUAAUUCUAAAAUGAAAAUCUAAAAAUUGAUUUUAAUAUAUUUAAUAAAGACACUUGUGUGGUAUUUAUUACAUUAGUUAAUGAAAUUGGUGCUAUCAAAAAAGUUUAAAAUAAGUUUGAAAAUAUUUUCGGAUAUUCUAGCUCAAAAUCAAUUAAAAAAAAUAUAAAUAUAAUUAUACCAAAAUAUAUUUAAAAAGUUCAUGACAAGGUAUUAUCAAAUUAUUUAAAAAAUCCUGAAAAUGUUUAGAUUAACAACUUCAAGCUCUAAAUAGCCUAAAAUGAAGGAGGAUGGGCAGUACCAAUAUCUUUAAAAUUUAGACCAGAUUACAUAAACUUGGAAGACUGUGGGUUGACAGCCUUUAUUUAAAAAAUAUAAAAUGAAUAUAGUUAUAUUCUUUUGUCAUGCGGGAAUUUCAAAAUCCAAUGUCUCUCUCAAAUUUUAUAUAGCAAAAUAUUUGGAAAAUUAUUUUCUUAAGGCGAUGUUUAUAAUAUUUACUUAAAUAGAGUAAUACCAAUAUUAAACUAUUUUGAGACUCACCAAUUUAAGCAAGCCGAUAUUGAUUUUGUUAAUGAAGCAGUGUAAACAAUAGCUUUCCUUCCAAAACCAGAAAUCAUAUAAAAAGGAUUUAAGUCUUUUAAUUUAUCUUAAAAGCUUGAUAUUGCUGAUUUAUAGAGCUAUGUUCAAAGUCUCACUGUUGAGUAUUUUGAUUUGUAUACUGUAAAGCUCUGCUUUUACAACAAUAAUUUUUAAAAAAUUUAAUACGAUAUUGUUGAACUUCAUACAUUUAAAAAAAUGACAAGUUAUCAGGCUCAAAAAGAAGGUUUAUUAAACUUUAAAAACUAACUUUAAACUUUAUUGAAUAUUGAAUAUGAUUUAUAAAAUGAUUUUGAAAUCAUAGACUAAUUUAUAGAACUUCAAAAUUUAUAUCUCUAACAAAGCAGCUCAGAAUAAAUCAGUUUAUUUGAAGAAGAAGGAAGUAGCUAUGAAAAGUAAGAAAAAUAGGCUUAAUUGCACUAAUUUAAUGACUAGUAAAUCUAGUUUGGAAUAUAAGAUUUGUCAUAGCCAUUAUUUUCUCAAAGAGAACAUAUUUAAAAAGAGUUAUUUACAAGUGAAGAAGAUCAUGCAAAAUAAGAAACUUCUCAUUUAAUUGGAGGUACUUAAUUGUUGCUAGCUAAAAAGGAAGAGCUAUUAAAAGAUAGUGAUCAUAAAAAUUGUAAUGAAACCACAAAUAUUUGUGAUUAACAUUUGAUGGAAAAUUUUGGUAGUUUUAGCAAUAUCAAUAAUAAUAAUAAUAAUAUUUAUGGGCCUCUAUCACCUUUAUCAAGCCAUGCUUUAUUUACUUCUAUGCUUACUCCUCAUAAUUCAUAGAGUGAACAUAAAUUAUUUUCAUAAAAAUAGAUAGAAGACAAAGCUUAAAUCCUAAAAGUAAAUGUAAAAAAUUCUAAUUCAUCUACUUAAAUAAUGUUAAGCGAUCAACACAUAUCUUCUGGAAGCAAUACAAAUAUUACAACAUAAUAGUAAUAAAAAAAUACCCAAAAAUCAUAAUUAAAGCACUAAAUACAUGUGGCAAAUAUUCUAAAGGAGUUUUACGAUAUUAAGUAAAAAGAAACUCUCUAAGUAAAAAGUUUGCUAAAGAAAAGAAUAACAAAUAAUUCGUUUAGUUCUAAGAUAAAGGAACAACUUUAAUUUUAAUUAUCAGCUGAUGACAAAAGUUCUCAUUAAAUAAAAGAAGAAGAUGAAGAAGAGAUGGAAAUAGCCAGAUCCGAAUAAGAUUAGAAAAGUUUGCAAUUGAAUUAAAAAUCUAUAUUUAGUUAAUGUGAAAAUAUUAAUCAUGUUGAUUUUAGUCUAUGUUAAUUGUUAAAAGAACGAAUUAAAUAAGUAAGAUACUAAUUAGAGUAGCAGAAUUUAUUCAAAGCAACAAAAAUAAAUAGCAAGCUGGUUACUGAUCUUCCCAAUAGUAUUAAUUCGUAGCUACGAUUAUCGGCUUUAAUUUAAGGUAAAGAACCUAUUGUUAAUGACAGUAAUGGAGUCACUAGUUCUCAUUAAAUUACAACAAAUAGCAGAAAAAAACAAAUUAGUUUUGAAAAAUUGCAUUCAAGUAAUUAAAUGGAAAGAACAAGAACAAAAAAAGAUACAACGAUUUCAAAAAGCUAGCUGUCUCAUAAAUAAGUACUGAAAGCUGAUGAUUUAACUUCAGAAGAGCUAAGUGAUUCAGUAGCUAAAGAGAAAGAAAUUCAAAGAGAUGUCGAGCAGUAAAGAUCUCGUAUCUUAGCAGCUAGUUCCAUCAAUACCAGUUAAAGUUAAAAUUAAGAAUAGAAAAAGAGUAUCUACAGAAUGGUAAAUUCUGAUAAAAAAAACUAUUCUCUUUUUGUAUUAGUGAUGUUUGGAUUUGUAGCGCUAUCUUCUUUCUCUGCACUUAUUUUAUUGCAGCAAUUAUAAAAUAGCAGCCAAUACAACUAAGCAAUAGUAGAUUUCAAAUACCUUCCUUGGCCGAUGUCAAUAAGAUAUUUUUACUCUAAAGUUUUUGCUGAUGAAGUAGUAAAAGAGAUGUAUGAUAGUAAUUUCUUUUAAACAUUUAAAGCGCAACCUACUUACUACAAAAAUAUUCUUGAUAGAUAAUCAGAUGGAGUUUAGUAAUAUAAAAACUUGCUUCUAGAUUUUAUGGAUACUAAGAAUGUAGGUUAAAAUUAUUUCACCAACGCUACUGAUACUUUGAUGCCGAUUUAUAUCAGUUACGAUCCCAUCACUCUACCACAAAAAUAUUUGAAUAUUACAUCCUAAAAAUUUAAAGUAUAGUUUCCCGUCCUUUAUUUUAUGUAGUUUAUGAUUCAUUAGUUAUACAGGAUGACUAUUAACGAGGGUGGGUUUUAUUGUCAAAUAUUAUAGCUUGAUAAUUUUUCCACCUUUAACACUUAUGUAACCUAAAUUCAAACUUUGAUAUCCUAAUCAGUAGUUGAUAUAACUAAUUCUAUAAGAGAUGAAGCACUUAUAAUAAUGAUAGUAGUGAUUGUUGUUACAUGUGUAUUAGGUUUUACUACUCUCCCUAUUUAUUAUCAUAUCUAAAUAAAAAAUGAAGAAUUAUUAAAAUUAUUCUCAACUAUUUCUAACUAAUCUCUCAAUUCUAUGCUUCAGCCCAUUUAAAUAUCUCUAUCCUCUCAUAAAGCUUAAACUAAAAUUAAAUAUUUCUAACUUCCUAUUUACAAAAAAAGAAGAGCAAUAUCUUCUUGCUCAGAAAUUUAAAAAAUUAAUAAAAGAUACAUCGUCUAUAUUAUAUUAGGGAUAGUUUUUAUGGUUGUUCAGCCUGUUGCCAGUUUUAUCUAUAUCAACAAUUUUUACAACGAAGCUAAAGUUCUUAUAACUUUGAUACAAAAUUUUUAUACAACCAAAGCUUUUUGCACAAGCUUAUCAGCGAUUUCAAACUCUAAUCUUGUCAUCAAAUCCCAAACAUAUUAAAUUUAUAACUCAAUUUAUUAUGUUGGUAGAGUAUAAUCACUGAUAAAUUAAACAAGCACCUAUCUUACUUCUUUUUAAUAAGCAAUUCAAUAAUCUCAAGCCUCAAUAAGAUUUGAAAAUGAUUAAUACAAUAAUUUUUUUUACCCUUUUAUUACUGAGAAUGUAUGUGACAUAAUUGAAAAAUAUCCUUAACAUGUAAAAAGCUAAAAUAAAUUUGACCUAUAAAAGUGUAAAACUAUUAAAAGUGGAAUUCUAAACAAAGGCUUACAACUAUCUCUCAAAAAUUUAUUUGAAACUUAUGCCUUUCUUGGUCCUAUAUACAAGAUUAAUAAUACAUAAUAAUUUAUAGACUCCUUUUAUUCAUGGGAAAACUCCAACAACUUGGUUGAGUUAGAUGAAUUCUUUGAGAUGAUUACUAGUUCAAUAGAAAUAUUAAAAGAUUUUCUCAUGGAUAGAGUGAACAAUUUUGUAGAUUAAAUGAAAUACGUUCUAAAUUAUCUAUUAAUCUACCAGCUUAUCAUGAUGAUUAUAAUAUUUUAUUUAGGAUUUGUUGAGUUUUAUAAGCAAGUGAAGAAUGAAAUGAUCUAAACAAAAAGAAUGCUGAGCAUCCUUUCAAUAGAAACUAUCUUAGACAAUCCUUAUAUUCUCUCAUACCUAAAUAAAUUUGAAAGCUGAUUGAAACAUAUUAAUUCUUUCUAUUAAUAAAUCAUAUUAUUUACAUUAAUUACAUUUAUAUAAAAAAAUUAAAUUUUUAAGUUAAAAAAAUAAUUAUAAAUAUUUAACAAUAAAUAAAAAUCUCAAUAUCUUUAUUCAAAUUUUAUGAACCAGUAAAGCACUUUUUUGGGUAUUGCCCUUAAAUUAUA